CUGAACCAAUCUUGCUUGGUUCAUGCAUCUAAGGAUGGCCACUAAACAAUCUGCUUCGGAUGCUGGAUCUGACCUAGUAUAUCUUCCAGAUAAGUGACCAGGUUGAAGUUUUGGAGCAGGUCCAUUCCCAAGGAACUAUAAGACCUACCUGGAUAAAACUAGCAUGGAUGAUGCAUCAAGGGAUGGACACUACCAGACUUUCUUGGGGUGCUGGAACUGACUUAUGUUUUCCUAAUUGACUAGCUCUAUAACUAUUUGGCCUGUUAUGAUGAGACUUGCAAGAAUGAUACAACAAGGGAUGGACAUUAUCAGACUUGCAUCGGAUGUUGGAACUAACCGACAUUUUAUGGAUGAUUGAACAGGAAAUAAAAUGACCAGUAGAAAGGAUAAAACGACAGCUAUAGUGAUCGGGGCUGGCCAGAGGGGAUUUGGUUACGCCCACUUUCAACAGUGCAAACCUAAGGAAUUCCAGGUAAUUGCUGUUGCUGACCCAAAAGAAUACCAGAGAAAGAGACUACAGAAUUUAUGUGACAUCCCAGAUGACAUGGUGUUUAAAGACUGGCGGGAGAUUGCAGAGAGGGAUAAGUUUGCAGACUGUGUGAUGAUUUGUACUCAGGAUAAGCAGCACAAGGAUCCUGCUCUUGCCUUUGCAAGGAAAGGAUACCACAUUUUACUGGAAAAACCCAUGGCAACGACAGAAGAAGACUGUAGGGAGAUUGUCCGUGUUUGCAACGAAAACAAUGUCUUUUUAACGGUGUGUCAUGUCCUCCGAUACACACCAUGGGUGAAAAAAAUCAAAGAACUGAUAGACAGUGGAGUCAUAGGGGAAGUGGUUAAUAUUCAACAUCUGGAACCAGUAGGGUACUGGCAUUUUGCCCAUUCGUAUGUGAGAGGAAACUGGCAUAAAGAGAAUGAGAGCUCAUCAUCUCUAUUGGCAAAGUGUUGUCAUGACAUUGACCUUUUGUGUCAUUGGAUGGGAGAUAAGAAAUGUCAGAGUGUGUCCUCGUUUGGACAUCUGAGUCAUUUUAACAAGCAGAAUAAACCAAAGAAUGCAGGUAGUCGGUGUCUAGACUGUCCUAAGGAUGUGCAAAGACAGUGUCCCUACUCAGCAGUCAAAAUUUACAUUGAAGACGGUAUAAAAUCUUUGAACAGAGGUUGGCCUGUAUCCGUGCUGACUUCUGAACCCCCUGAUAUAGAAAACGUGACGGAAGCCUUAAGGACUGGACCAUAUGGACGUUGUGUAUAUGACAUGGAUAAUGACGUCAUGUCACAGCAGGUGGUUAAUAUGCAGUUUUCUGGUGGAGCCACUGCUUCAAUGUCUAUGAUUGGAUUUACAGAAUCUGUUUGUUGUAGAGAAGUCAAUGUGUUUGGAACAAAAGGCGAGAUACGAUACCGAGAUGGACAACCACAGAUUUUACAAGUUGAUUUUGUUACUGGACAAAGAUACCACCAUCAGCUGGAGUCUAAACAUUCUGGACCAUUAGGAGGACAUGGGGGAGCAGAUUACUGUUUAAUGGAACACUUUGAGCAUGCAAUUCAUCAUGAAGAUUUUUCUGGAAUUAAAACGGGUGCAGAAGAGACUCUGGCUAGCCAUUUAGUUGUAUUUGCGGCAGAGAAAGCACGGAAGGAAAACAGAGUUGUUACUAUCAAUGAAGACAUGUCUUUUUCAUGAUUUCUAACAGAGACAAGCACAGUACUAUUCAGAUGAUAAAAUUCUAUUAAUAAUAAAGCAGUAUUUAAUACACUUUUGUGAUUUUUUAAUUUAUAUUAUGCCUUGAUAGAAAAAAAAAUUAUGUGAUGCAUAUGCAUAGAUUUUCCGAUGGAAUAAAAACAUGGAAAUUAA